AUGGCUCUUUUUCGUAAGCCAAGCGAAGUCACGCCAUUGUCUGCCCGCACAUUUGGAACUUGGACAUUAUUGGCUGCUAUUGUGAGAAUCUAUGCUUCGUACAACAUCUCAAAUCCUCAGAUCUAUGACAUGUGUCUUUACUCGUACGUUCUAGCAGGUCUCCAUUUUGGUCUCGAGUGGCUAGUGUACAAGACUGCAAGAUUCGGAAAAGGUUUGCUGGGCCCACUAGUGGUGGCUAGCACCUCUAUUGUCUGGAUGGUGUCACAGAGAAAUGAGUACUGCAACUAG